UCUUCAAAGUCAGCUAGUUAAAAAACAGUUGAAGCCUGAGACGGCCGUGAAUUGUCUUUUGUUGAUUUUUUUUGUGGAGAAUUGUUCUAAAAAUUCCAGUUUAUUCAAAAUUUUGGGUUGUCAAGUUUUUGAGCUUUUUUGACCUAUAUAUUUUGGAUGGGAGAUUUACCGAUGUUACUUCACGUUGCUAUAAGCUUCAUAAUGUGAAAUAUUUUAUUUACGUGAACCACACCUGCAUUUUGUGAAGAGGAUAGGGAGCAGGUGUCACUUCAUCAAAUGCAAGCCGGAUGUUCAAUGUUCAUACCAUCGAGAUAGAGUUGUCUGGGUUCGAAAAACCUGUUUAGCAAGUUUGGAAAAAGAGAGGCUGGGGUACUUCUAAAGAGCAAGCUGGGACAUACAUCAAAUAAAAUAGAAAAAAGUCUAUGGGACAGUAAGUCAAAGGAGGGAUAUUCGCGGCGAGAAGUAAUAAAUUGACAAUUAUAGUUUCAUAUUAAAAUUUGUUUGCGUAAGUGGGGGGGGUGUUCCAAGGAUACAAAGUGGACACCUUGUUGAACACUUACUUUUAUUUGGCCAGUAUUUGUAAAUAUGUGGACAACUCAAAAUUGUCUACGCCUAGCGUGGUCAGUUUAUCGAAGUAUACUCUUAAAGUUAUUUAACCUUUCAUCAUGCAUCCAUGAAUUCGGUCCCAAUUUCCAUAAAUUGACUGUGUCUGCUUUUACAUAUUGUAGCUCAACACAUGAAGAUACAAAGUAGGCUUUCGUGCUUCAUUUGUUGUUUUACACCAAACAGCCUCAGUUUCAUCACAGUACAUGUACGCGUAUUUAGAUUUGAAAGUGUUCAAAGAGGCAUUCGUAGGUGGAAAGCCGCUUCAUUACAAUUCAGCUUAAAUGCCCCCUUUUCUGCCAUUGCAUGCAUUCAAAGAAUUUUAUUUUGGGUAAGUAUUGCUUACUUGCUUGUCAGUUUUGUUUCCUUUUGUUAUUUUCACACAUUUUGUGCAUGCAAACAAGGUCUUAAGUUGUGCUCUUGCACAGUUUAGCGGGUCAUGCUCAUUUUUUGUGCAAAUUUUGUCUUCUUUUUCCCACGUGAUUUUCGCAUGUGCAGUACUAGCCGCUUACCCAAUUUACACGUGCAUUUGUGUUGCGCAGAAGCAAAAGAUUGAAGAUCGUGCAGCUUGAAAUUUGAGUGCAUCCAAAAUGCGCCUUUACCCCUUUGGCAAUUUAAUCUGGAACCUUUCUUGCACUUACUGCCGAGUCUACAGUUAGACUCAUUUGGGAAACCCACGAUGUUUGCCGCGUGCAUUGUGUGACGUUUGUUUCACGGAGAGUCAACAACAUGUUUUUCUCAACAGCAGUCAGUUGCCCUACGAUACGCACAUACUGCCCGCUUCCAUCGUUUUUAACUGAAGGAGAAAGAUACUAAAUUAAAAUUAAUCCAGACUCCCUGGCCCUGGUAUAGAUAAAAAUGCUGACUAGACCGGAAACCGCUAGUUUCUGCCGUACUUAUGCAUUCGCCUAUGAAAUCUCACCAACGACAUGUUACGUUGUGGGUGCAUCCCUGAAAAGCACCUGGGGAAAGAAAGUGAACCUAUAGUUCGUUAUAAGAGUCAUCAAAUUAUGAUAUAGGUCAGUUUAUAUGAUUAAAACGUCUUGCCCCCACGGGUUUAUAUUAUGCAGAACCUGAAAGUGAGAAAAACCAGGUUGUUACAUAGUUAGGCCUACGUACACCAGAGGUGAUAUGAAUCUGAGCGAAAGCAUUGUUAAUAAUCUGUAGUUAACCGUGAGCAACUUCUGUACCAUACAAUGUAUAGAGAAAGUACACAUAAAUCAAGAGUGGAUAUCACUUGUACCAUGAUUGUAUUAUCUUCAUGUAUUGAAUUCAAUUUAAAUAUGUAUAAUAAAAAGGCAUAGUCUCAUUCCACUCUCAACAUUCACACAGUCCUGUAGUGUUAUUCAUGCUUUUGAGCAUGAGCGACAAAGUAUAAAGCCAGAUAUGGGUGAGCUGUUUGCUUUAGGUAAUUCAAUUUGGAUUCCAAUUAUUUCAUAUACAUGUACAGUCCAUCCAAUACCACCUCCACCACUUUCCCAAACAUGGUGUGGUACCAGCACAUAUAAAAAACAUACAAUUUAGUAGGUAAUCCAAUCCAAAUUUGUAGUAAGCAUGCUCAAGGAGAACACCCAGGAAGCUGAAGUAAGACAACUCAAACCCUGUAUUUGGCGGAAGUCAAACCACAAGAGACCCCAAUCUUUCACCCAUAAGCAGUACUGGAAUUGGCCCAUUCGAAACAAAAGACUGAAUUUAACCCAGAUUGAGCUGAUUGCAACCAGACAUAAAUCCGGAAAUGUCAAACGCUGUGAUAAGUGAAGUUUACUUGACAUAAAUGUGGAUGAUUAGUUGUAAGAAGGGUUCAUAGCCUGAACCACGAAUGGCUUGCUGGUCGUCCGUUUCGGUCACCACUCUUGGAAGUUCUCUUGCAUUUUCACCAACGUCAUUUUGCCUUUAAUAGGCAAUAUUAGUGGGAUUUUUCAUGAUCCAUCAAGCGAGGCUUCGCCCGAAGGGCGGCAGACGUUCAAGUGUGCUAUAUUUUCCCCGCAGAAGACCACGGGGAUUACGGAGCAUAAGAAUCCUAGAGUUCAAUGUACCAUCAAGGGAGAAAUAUUCAUGGUCGGACAACCAGCUCGUCAGCUGUAACGAGCACGAGGCGAGUAGGCCUAAACUUUGUCCCAGGUGUACGCCAUUGCCUUCAAUUUGUGAAUUAGGCUAGCAAUCACCGCACCCCACCUGAAGUGUCUUCGCAUGGAUGGUGGAGGCAACUUGUCCGAUUCAGUGGACCUAAAGACGACCCUGAGCCGGCUCUGGGAUUAUGUUGGAACUGGAAGAAUCACCCGUUCAUUGUUACUUUCAAUGUUCUGGGAAAAAAUGUGGUACCACUCUGUGCCAUACACUGAAGAUGGCGUCAGGAAGUAUGCGGUCGUUUGCAUCCGUGCUUCUGCUCACAGCAGGAUGUGUAAUGGUGAUGAGCAGUCCGAUAUCUAUGACUGGGAAGGAGAUAGAUCAGUAUUUGGCACCAUUCUCUGGACAAACAAAUCAUCGGCAGACAAGAGCUGAUGAAACAAAGGACUGUGACUCCCCCACACCGGUGUAUCCACCCACGGUAGUCGACACCACGACCCGCCUUGCUGCUCUGAGAGUGGAGAUGGCCAAGUACAACUUCGAUGCCUACCUCGUACCGUCGGAAGAUGCCCACGGGAGUGAGUAUGUUUCAGAGCAUGAUGAGCGCAGGACGUACAUAUCUGGGCUAAGCGGAUCUGCAGGAUUUGCGAUAGUGACGGCAACAAACGGUGCAUAUAUUUGGACAGACGGGAGAUACUUUGUGCAGGCAGAGAGAGAGCUGGACUGCAACUGGAACCUUAUGAAACAAGGCUUAACUGAUGUUCCUAAUCCUGAUGAAUGGAUUGCCAAAAACAUGGCAAAUGGUAGCAGGAUCGGAUUUGACCCUACUGUUAUAUCAGCAACUGAUUACGUAAAUUACAUUAGUGUAUUUGCUGCUGAGAAGGACAAAGUACUGUUCAUGGUGUCUGAGACUACCAAUUUGGUGGAUACAAUUUGGUCUCAAGACACCGAAGUACCACAGCCAAGCUACCCGACUGAACCUCUGAAGAUCCUAGACUCCACCAUCUAUACGGGAGAGACGUGGAAGCAGAAGAUUUUUUCUCUCCCGGGGAACGAAAAUGUUCGCGCUAAAAUGAAAAACCUGGAACCGGACGCAGCAGAUGUGCUUGUGAUUAGUGCUUUGGACGAAACUGCCUGGCUGUUCAACAUGAGGAGCAGAGAUAUACCGUAUAACCCCAUGAUCAUAUCCUAUCUGAUUAUCACGGAAGACUCCAUCAAAUGGUACGUAAAUGGACGAGACACGCGAGCUACCUCAGAAGUUUUGAAUCACCUGGAAGCUACAGGCUGUACUGGAGCAGAAUGUACCCAGUUUCUGGACUACAGCCAGUUCCUUCCGGAUCUAAAAGUCUUGGGCGAUUCAGAUAGCAUCAAGAAGAUAUGGUUCAGCGACCUUGCUAGCUACGCCAUUUAUGAACGAGUACCAGAGGAAAAGCAGAUUAUGUCUCAAUCCCCGAUCCUCUUAAUGAAAGCCAUGAAAAGUGAGAAGGAAAUUGAGGGCAUGAAACGAGCUCACCUUAAAGACUCUGUGGCCCUCGUAGAGUUGGGAGGCUGGCUUCAAGAGACCUUUUCAGCCUUGGAGGACCCAGCAAUUGGAUCAGACACAUUGACAGAAUUGGAAGUUGAAAGGAUGGCGUAUGAAUUCAGAAAAGACGACGAAGAGUUUGACACACUCAGUUUUGGAACCAUUUCUGGGUUCGGCGCAAACGCAGCAGUAAUUCACUACAGCUCCUCCGAAGAAACCAAUGUGCGCAUCACGGACAAGAGCACACUCCUCCUGGACUCUGGUGGCCAGUAUUUCUCUGGAACAACCGAUAUAACUCGUACAUUUCAUUUUGGAACUCCUAAGGCAAAAACAAAGGAAGCCUAUACCCGCGUCCUUAUGGGGCAUAUUGAUUUGGUCACAAGCAACUUUCGCUCAAAUGUUUACGGCCGUGCUCUCGAUGUGAUCGCCAGGAACCCUCUCUGGAGUAAUGGUCUUGACUACCGACAUGGAACUGGUCACGGCAUUGGCAGUUUUCUGAAUGUGCACGAAGCCACGAUAGGUGUCUUUGUCUUGAAACUCUUGAGGGGGCUAUACCCCAGCCUCCGCUACUUUAACUCUCUCUUCAGCGGUCUUCCGAAGCUUUGUAAAUCUGGUCUCCGUCGUAGCUUGUCUCUAAAAUCGAUCCUCAAACGGCCAGCGAGGAUCAGCCUCGGAUACUCCUCGAGGGAGAAACCUAUUGAAGUUGGAAUGUUCUUCUCCGAUGAGCCUGGUUAUUAUGAAGAUGGGGAUUUUGGAAUCCGCAUAGAGAACGUAAUGAUGUCUGUGGAAGCUGAAACUGAUCACCAGUUUUACACCUACAAGUAUAUGACCUUUGAGAUGAUUUCUCUGGUGCCCUUCGAGCCUAAUCUAAUUGACUUCGGCCUGAUGACACCCAAACAGCUGACAUACUACAACCACUACAACAAGAGGAUACGCCAAGAGGUGGGGCCUCUCCUGAAGACGGACCGCGCCCGACAAUGGAUGAACGAGAAGACUGCUCCUGUGGAGUUCAAAUUCGAACUGGUUGUGUCCACAGCUACCACACCCAGUGCUGGGAUGGGCUUCAUUUCUGCACUUCUCUUCUUGGUGUGGACCCUUAGGAUGGGUUAGUAGUGUGGUAUCAGAGCCCACACAGCAGCUCAAUUACUGUGGUUUCUACAGCACUUGAUACAUUCUCGAACCCCACCGGCCAAGCCUCCACUGCACAAAAAUCCUAUGCCGUGCAAGUCUGUGAUUUAACUUCCAUUAGAACAUGUGUGAUCCUGGCAGGAACAGAGACAAAACUCAGGCCUUAAUAGUCUUCUAAAUAUACCCGAGUUUUAGAGAUCUUGCAGGCUUAGACUGCAGGCCAGCUCCGUCAACCAUUUUUGCUAAAUAAAAUCCAAGACAGCAUAAAACUAAUGGCAUUUUCAUUUGUAGUAGAAUUAAAACAUAAUUACGUCAAGCUGUGUAGUUUCCUAUUGGGGUUAACAGAUUGCAUCCCACCUCACUGUCAUAGGAGAGUGCACGUGUAAACGAAGCGUGAUGCCCAUUAUAUUACAGGUCCAUUGAACUAGAUGCUAUCAAGUCCAAAAUAAAUAGUUUACAACUACUGUAUUCCUGAAUCCACGAAAAAUACAUGUGCCACAAAUCAACCGAGUUGCUGAUUCAAUAUGCAAAGAACCCAAUACUGGCUGCAAAAGAAAACUUAUAGAGCUUGUUCCUUUUAUGUAUGUCAAAUGCUCUCAAUUUCAAUUAAUGUGAAACUUGCAGACAAAUGCCUCAAACAUUACUGGUAUCUUGAAGAAAUAAUGUUGAAUCCUGAAAAAUAACUCUUCCUUUGGCAUGUAUAAAUUCAUACUGCAGAACUGAUCAUUUGCUCUUAUCGACUUGAUGCCCUUUCCUUCCUCUCUGUCCGUUAUCCUGUCUCUUUCUCUUCGACCUUCUGACCUCUACACUCAGUGGCGUAGCCACGGGGGGCCUGGGGCACAUGCCCCUCAAAAUUCCCGAUGCCCCCAGUAACCCCCCCCC